CAAAGGCAGUGUGCUUUCUUCCUGUCUGCACAUACCCCAUGUCUCAUCACCAUGAGGGGCUGCAGUGGGACUUGGAAUCCAGAUGUUUGAAGAAUGGAGGGGUUGAACCCGCAGUCAACUUCCUGCCCCACCAUAGGAAGUGGGGCGAGACGGCAGGUGCAGUGACGGCUGGCGGAGCCAUGGACAAGGAGUACGUGGGUUUUGCUGCCCUCCCCAACCAGCUGCACCGCAAGUCUGUCAAGAAGGGGUUUGACUUCACACUCAUGGUGGCAGGAGAAUCAGGCCUAGGGAAAUCUACCCUCAUCAACAGCCUGUUCCUCACCAACCUCUAUGAGGAUCGCCAGGUGCCAGAGGCUAGUGCUCGCUUGUCACAGACUCUGACCAUUGAGCGCCGGGGUGUGGAGAUCGAGGAGAGGGGUGUGAAGGUGAAGCUGACCCUGGUGGACACACCUGGCUUUGGGGACUCGGUGGACUGCUCUGACUGCUGGCUUCCUGUGGUGAAAUUCAUCGAGGAGCAAUUUGAGCAGUACCUUAGGGAUGAGAGUGGCCUGAACAGGAAGAACAUCCAGGACUCCCGAGUCCACUGCUGCCUCUACUUCAUCUCACCCUUCGGCCGGGGGCUCCGGCCCCUAGACGUGGCCUUCCUCCGGGCAGUACAUGAGAAAGUCAACAUCAUCCCAGUCAUUGGCAAAGCGGAUGCCCUGCUGCCCCAGGAAACCCAGGCCCUCAAGCAGAAGGAAAGCAUCCCUUUUGCAGUUGUGGGUUCCUGCGAGGUGGUGAGGGAUGGCAGGAACCGACCAGUGAGGGGACGCCGAUACUCUUGGGGGACCGUGGAGGUGGAGAACCCACAUCACUGCGAUUUCCUGAACCUGCGACGAAUGCUGGUGCAGACACACCUGCAGGACCUGAAAGAGGUGACGCACGAUCUGCUUUACGAGGGCUACCGGGCCCGUUGCCUACAGAGCCUGGCCCGGCCUGGGGCUCGCGAUCGAGCCAGCCGCAGUAAGCUUUCCCGCCAGAGCGCCACGGAGAUUCCGCUGCCCAUGAUGCCUCUGGCGGACACCGAGAAGCUGAUCCGCGAGAAAGACGAAGAGCUGCGCCGCAUGCAAGAGAUGCUGGAGAAGAUGCAGGCCCAGAUGCAGCAGAGCCAAGCCCAGGGUGAGCAGUCAGACGCCCUCUGAGGCCACGCCCCGCCCGGCCUUACCUCGGUUCCGCCUUCAGUCGGCCUCUUGUCCAAUCCCUGCGCCCCACACUGCCCAGCGCCUAAUCCCGGACCCCCCGCGGGUGCCGCCUUCGCUCUGGCUCGGGGGAGGUUCUCCCAGCCCGGGUCAGAAGCCCCGCCCCUUCCCCGCCCAGCCAGACCCCGCCCACUUCCCGGCCAGAGCCUGCGGCCCAGCCUCGCACUGCCGCACUGUCUUUCGGGGUCGCCUCUAUUCUCCCAGGCUCUGUCUUCAAUAAAAACUGAGCUUCCCGCAGCCA